AUGGGCUUCGGCUCAGGAGAAUUGAUCAACGAGUUCGAUCGCAGAGGGUGCGAAUACAUCGAAGAGUACCAGCAGGGACUUGGAGAAGCUCCGAUCGACCGCCCCUACGAGUUCUGCGGCACGACUACUUUGGCAUUCGUGUUCAAGGAGGGCGUGAUCAUGGCUGUGGACUCCAGAGCCACAAUGGGCAACUUCAUCUCAUCGGAGACCGUGCGCAAGGUCAUCGAGAUCAGUCCCCGCAAGCUGGCCACCAUCGCCGGUGGAGCAGCCGACUGCCAGUACUGGUAGGCGUGGCUCUCGCAGGAGGUGCGCAUGUUCGAACUGAGACACGGCAAGGAACCCUCAGUAGCUGCAUCCUCACGCAUGAUGGUCAACCUCAUCAACUACUACAAGAGAUACGGUCUCUCUAUGGGCCUCAUGCUGUCCGGCGUCGAUGAGAGCGGACCUCAACUUUACUACAUCAACACUGAGGGAAGCAGGAUCAAGGGAGACCUGUUCAGCGUUGGUUCAGGCAUGACCUAUGCUUACGGAGUGCUCGAUACUUUCUACAGAUACGAUAUGAGUCUGGAAGAGGCAGUCUAGUUGGUAUUUUAUUUAUCUAAUGCAGGCCGCAAAGCCAUUUACCAUGCUACCAACAGAGACACAGGCAGCGGUGGUGUAGUGCGUGUGUACCACGUUCACAAGAACGGUUGGACUGAAAAGAUAGCAGGAGACGACGUGAACAAGCUUCACUACCAAUACCUGGCUCAGAAGGGGCUUUCCACUGACGACUCCCGCGGAAGGUUGUGA